UGUUUCUGUUCUGCUGCAGCAGCAGUGUCUCCCCACCCCCUCAAAGCUAGGGUGGUGAAAGGAAUGUCGAUUGGGAAAGGUCACCGUCAGGGCUGUGUUACUGAGACCCAGCCAAGGGCUCUGGAGGAACCCAAGAUUGGUCCCGGGAAGGAGGCAGGAUUUCUGAUUAGAAACCUAGUCGGAUGUAAACAACUUGAGUUAUUUCAGGUUGGGAAGGUGCUCUCAGGGUUCUUUAAAAUCUAUGCAUGCAACACUAAUGGGGGUGAAAGGGGAGAAGGACUUGGGGAAACAGGUCAGUUUCAGCCUUCAAGUUUCCAUCCUGCUGGGCUGGGGGAAGCAAAAUAAAAGAGGGUCUCCUGAGGUGGCGUCACCUUUGGAAAAGACUGGAAAGUUUGAGUGGGUGCCAAUGACGCAACAAAGACCGAAAGAGCCCACAAGAAAGGUAGUUGGAGAAACCAGUUCAAAGUACAUCUGUUUCCCAAGAGAAACAGGAUGUGUCCCAGUUCAGCAAGUGCCUUGAGUGCAGGGGCGGGGUGAGCACUAAGUUGAUGAGCAGGGAGGGGGCGUGGAUUGAGUUGACAUGGGGAGCAGGAUAAGAAGCUAGGAAUGCUCUGUUAGGAGCAGGUCCAUAGUGGCAGGAAAAUUAGGGGUCAGUGCAAAGGUUUGUGUGGCCAGAGCACGCAGCCACAGUUGGGGCAUGAGGUGACAACAGGGGAACUGGCGCUACCUUGUCGACAACUGUACCAAGGAGCUUCUGAGCUCUACCCGGCCCUCCACAAGGAACCACGGGCCAGGCAGCCCAAGAUGCUGGCCAAGCGCAGAGACCAGGUGCUUGGUGGAGGGUGGGGUGAACCUCCCCAGAGGCACAGCCCGGGAGGAAAGGCUGAGGGUGGGAACUGUGAGACCUGAGAGCCACCAGGCAUUCUUUUGAAAUACAAGGUGUAAAAAACUUAAAAUGCAAACGUUUUAAGAGGAAGGUUUCUGUGUUCUCAUGGCAUCUGUGUUUUGGUGUUCUCUUCAUGGUCUUUUUUCUCUGCUCUGGAGCACGCACUAUGGAAGACCAGAACAGACGCUGUUUGGGAGUAGGGGUAGAGCAGAGCUUGGCCUUUGGAAGACUUGGGGUUUGGCCCCCAUACUAGGGUGGUAAUUCCAGGGCUGGGUCUGCUGUGGCGCAGAGAGUCCUCAGAAACAGCUUGGCCUUCCUUGAACCAGACUCGACAGCAUCCUGCUGCUGUCCCGGCCUCUGACCUGCUUUCUUGGCCCUCAGACCAGAGCACCCAGUUCUCCCCUUCCACCGGCACACCGCCCGGCCCCAGGAAGCCCAGGCAUCCUUUGAAAUAGCUCCAGGCCCUGGGCUCCUUUUGCUCAAAGAACAAAGCAGGAUCUGAGGUCAGCCUCCACAAGACUAGGAGGCAGUGGCUGGAGGAAGCAGGGAAUUAUAUUCUCACCUGAGAGUAUACAUUUCUUGAAGGAAUUCAAGGCUCAGAAAAGUAAAGCAACCAGCCUAAGUUCCCACAGCAAAUCAGUGCUGGGGCUAGGACACCAGCAGUGAACUGGGGGCAGCCAAAGCCGCAGAAGGAAGGAUCUGUAGCUGCCAGGCCCUGGGGAGGAAUGGUGUAACAUUCCCGGGGUGCAGGAGCUCCCAUUUUACGGGUGAAGUCACAUUUGGGAACCUGGCCCACUUUUUUUUUUAUACAGCAGGUUCUUAUUAGUCAUCAACUUUAUACACAUCAGUGUAUACAUGUCAAUCCCAAUCGCCCAAUUCAGCACACCACCAUCCCCACACCCCCGCAGUUUCCCCUGCUUGGGGUCCAUACGUUUCUGACCCACUCUUCAGGCCUGUCCGGUGUGAGGCCCCAGGUGGGAGAAAUGAAUGGGAGAAGGCCUUCACUCAGUCACCUGGCAGCUGCGUCAUGGGGAGACCUAAUGCCACUGGCCAAUGUGUGUGUGUGUCUGUGUAGGGGGUGCUUCAGUUCUACCCCUGUGGGCCACAGGACUGCAGUUCCCAGGGACCCCUGCUCCAGGCUGGUGGCCUCCAGCCAAAGCUGGCCUGUAAUCUGACCGUCCCUCUCAAAAGGUCACUUCAGAGGUCCUUGAGGGACAGCAACAGGGAGAGCUCAGAGUGACGUGACUUUGUGGGGGGGUGGGGCGGGGAGGGGCCCUGCCUCAGGCGACCUCCCCAUACCACCCCUGGAACCCGGGGUCCCGGUCCCCCUUCUCCCAGCCACCCAGUGUCCUCUGCUAGCUGCCCUUCUUCUGUUCGGGGUACCCUGAUCCUCAGCACCUGGGCCUUCAGCCUGUGGGGAAUCCUGGCCCCUCUUGCCACAUGUGUCCUCCCCACCCGGGUGCAGGGCCACCGUGGAAGCUUGACCAGAGGGCAUCCCGCCUGUGGUUUGCAGCCUCUUGCGUGAAGGUCUAGAACCAAAGUCAAGCUGCUCUGAUGGAGGCUGGGCCUCCUGUCACCUGUUCUCCUUGACAGCGCCCUCAGCCUCUCCAAGGAGUCCUGAUUGAGGGCCCGCAAUCAGGCUGCAUCCUUCAUCUAUAACCCAGGAGAGGGGCCCAGAUCAGGGCGACCUCAGCCAAAGUCACAGCCCAGAGGCUCUAGUCAAGCCUAAGGCCUCAAGCCAGUGCUCUGCCUGCUGCAUCUUGUCUCUGACCCUGCAAAAGGCAGGGACGGGGACAGAAGACAGCAGACCCCAGUGUGUGAGGCCUGGAGGAAGUGGGUCAGCGCAGGGCUGCGAAUGAGCCACGUGGCCCUCCCUGCCCCUCCUCUCCUCCCCUCACCCCAAAAUAGCUCCCCGAGCGGCCAAGCCAAGACCGACCCAUCGAGGGAGGAGGCGGGGCAUGUUGCCCAGAGCCAGGCUUUAAAGCACCAGCCGGCUGGGGAUCUCCACUCCCUGGCUGAAGGCACUGCUCAGGCCGCCCGCCUGUCCACACAGUCAGUCCAGCCCGCCCUCCCGCAGCCAUGUCCCGGCCCCUGACAGACCAGGAGAGGAGAAAGCAGAUCAGCGUGCGUGGCCUGGCCGGCGUGGAGAAUGUGACCGAGCUGAAGAAGAAUUUCAACCGGCACCUGCACUUCACCCUCGUGAAAGACCGCAAUGUGGCCACCCCUCUAGACUACUACUUUGCGCUGGCCUACACUGUGCGUGACCACCUCGUGGGCCGCUGGCUCCGCACGCAGCAGCACUACUACGAGAAGGACCCCAAGAGGAUCUACUACCUGUCUCUGGAAUUCUACAUGGGCCGGACGCUACAAAACACCAUGGUGAACCUGGCCUUGGAGAAUGCCUGUGAUGAGGCCACCUACCAGCUGGGCCUGGACAUGGAGGAGCUGGAGGAAGUCGAGGAGGACGCAGGGCUGGGCAACGGGGGCCUGGGCCGGCUGGCGGCCUGCUUUCUGGACUCCAUGGCGACACUGGGCCUGGCUGCCUAUGGCUACGGGAUCCGCUAUGAGUUUGGGAUUUUUAACCAGAAGAUCUCUGGGGGUUGGCAGAUGGAGGAGGCUGAUGACUGGCUUCGCUACGGCAACCCCUGGGAGAAGGCCCGACCCGAGUGCACACUGCCUGUGCACUUCUAUGGCCGAGUGGAGCACACCAACCAGGGGGCCAAGUGGGUGGACACGCAGGUGGUGUUGGCCAUGCCUUACGACACACCUGUGCCCGGCUACCGCAACAACAUCGUCAAUACCAUGCGCCUGUGGUCUGCCAAGGCCCCCAAUGACUUUAACCUCAAGGACUUCAACGUUGGUGGCUACAUCCAGGCUGUGCUGGACCGCAACCUGGCUGAGAAUAUCUCCCGUGUCCUGUAUCCCAACGACAACUUCUUUGAGGGGAAAGAGCUUCGGCUGAAGCAGGAGUACUUCGUAGUGGCUGCCACGCUCCAGGACAUCAUCCGCCGCUUCAAAUCCGCCAAGUUCGGCUGCCGAGACCCUGUGCGCACAAGCUUCGACGCCUUCCCGGAUAAGGUGGCCAUCCAGCUCAAUGAUACCCACCCCUCCUUGGCCAUCCCCGAGCUGAUGAGGAUUCUGGUGGACCAGGAGCGGCUGGACUGGGACAAGGCAUGGGACGUGACUGUGAAGACCUGUGCCUAUACCAACCACACGGUGCUGCCCGAGGCCCUGGAGCGCUGGCCCGUGCACCUCAUGGAGACCCUGCUGCCUCGGCACCUCCAGAUCAUCUAUGAGAUCAACCAGCGCUUCCUUAAUCGGGUGGCGGCUGCGUUCCCAGGGGAUAUAGACCGGCUGAGGCGCAUGUCGCUGGUGGAGGAGGGCGCGGUGAAGCGCAUCAACAUGGCGCACCUGUGCAUCGCCGGUUCACAUGCUAUCAAUGGCGUGGCUCGCAUCCACUCCGAGAUCCUCAAGAAGACCACCUUCAAGGACUUCUAUGAGCUAGAGCCUCAUAAGUUCCAGAAUAAGACCAACGGCAUCACUCCUCGGCGCUGGCUGGUUAUGUGUAACCCUGGGCUGGCAGAAGUCAUUGCUGAGCGCAUCGGGGAGGACUACAUCGCAGACCUGGACCAGCUGCGCAAACUGCUCUCCUAUGUGGACGAUGAAGCCUUUAUCCGGGAUGUGGCCAAAGUGAAGCAGGAAAACAAGUUAAAGUUCUCUGCGUACCUAGAGAAGGAAUACAAAGUCCACAUCAACCCCAACUCGCUCUUCGACGUCCAGGUGAAGCGGAUUCAUGAAUAUAAACGCCAGCUCCUCAACUGCCUCCAUGUCAUCACAAUGUACAACCGCAUCAAGAAGGAUCCCAAUAAGUUUUUUGUGCCUCGGACUGUGAUGAUUGGAGGGAAGGCUGCACCUGGGUACCACAUGGCCAAGAUGAUCAUCAAACUCAUUACAGCCAUUGGGGAUGUGGUCAACCACGACCCGGUGGUGGGAGACCGCCUACGCCUGAUCUUCUUGGAGAACUACCGAGUCUCACUGGCCGAGAAAGUGAUCCCGGCUGCUGACCUUUCCGAGCAGAUCUCUACUGCGGGCACUGAGGCCUCAGGCACUGGCAACAUGAAGUUCAUGCUCAAUGGGGCUCUGACCAUUGGCACCAUGGAUGGGGCCAAUGUGGAGAUGGCAGAAGAGGCGGGAGAGGAGAACUUCUUCAUCUUCGGCAUGCGGGUGGAGGACGUGGAAAGGCUUGACCAGAAAGGGUACAAUGCCCAGGAAUACUGUGACCGAAUUCCAGAGCUUCGGCACAUCAUUGACCAGCUGAACAGUGGCUUCUUCUCCCCCAAACAGCCCGACCUGUUCAAGGACAUUGUCAACAUGCUCAUGCACCAUGACCGGUUUAAAGUCUUUGCAGAUUAUGAAGAGUACAUUAAAUGCCAGGAGAGAGUCAGUGCCCUGUACAAGAACCCGAGAGAGUGGACGCGGAUGGUGAUCCGGAACAUAGCCACCUCUGGCAAGUUCUCUAGCGACCGCACCAUUGCCCAGUACGCCAAGGAGAUCUGGGGCGUGGAGCCUAGCCGCCAGCGCCUGCCAGCACCUGAUGAGAAGAUCUGAGCCUCUAGACCAGACCCAAACCUGCCCCUGAGUCUGUUGGCAGUCCCUUGGGCCAGCUCCAGCUCCUCGUCCAGAGGGUAGGGUACUGGGGUUAGAUCUCUAAACCUCUUCCUGGAACCCCAUUUCCCAUCAGCCUUGAGAUCCCAGUGUUCAGCGUGACUAAGGACACUGCUCCCGUCCUGUCCUCGGGCUCCCCGCCCGCUCCUAUUUAUGGCUCUGACCAACUUUACCCACUCCCCAAUAAACUGGUUCUCCUUGGGAGCCUCCUUACUCCUCUGUCUG